AAGACCUAUGCACAGUAUUCUUCCCUUAUAGGCCGUAAGGAAGAAUGCAAUGAAUUAUUUCUUCUCAAUUUUCUUACUUGAUGCUAUGGAGAUCUGAAUUUUGGUUACUAAAAGUAAGAAUUUAACACAUGACUUUAGACAAAUGUCUUUUUAAGCUGCUUAAAGAUGAACCCUAACUAUCCCCUGGUUUAACUUUCACCUUGAAGCUCCAAAUGUGUUCCUUAUAUUUUUCACUUGUUUUAUUUUUGAUAUUGUUAGCUCCAUUGUCAUCUUCAACAUAUCAAAACUUGAGCGAAGGGUCAUCGCUUUUCGUGGAAAAUCCGGGUGAUGUUAUAAUAUCACCAACGGGCACUUUCUCAGCUGGCUUUUAUUCUGUAGGCGAAAAUGCUUAUACUUUUGCCAUAUGGUUCAGCAAACCAGCAUGUCUUGUUCACAAUUGCACCGUUGUUUGGAUGGCAAACCGUGAUCAUCCAGUUAACGGAAGGCGGUCAAAGGUCUCGCUCUUAGGAACCGGCAAUCUUAUCCUAACUGAUGCUGCUCAGUUCAACGUUUGGGCCACGGGCACUGCUUCCCAGACCUCAGUGCAGUUGCAGCUCAACAACUACGGUAAUCUUGUUCUGAGUAAUUCUGAGGGUACUAUUUUAUGGCAGAGCUUUGAUUCUCCUACAGAUACCCUUCUUCCUCUACAACCAUUCACCAGAUACACAGCACUUGUCUCUAGAAGAAGAAAAGGCAACUUUUCCUCUGGCUUCUAUAAGUUAUUUUUCGAUGAUGAUAAUGUUCUGCGUCUCCUUUUUGACGGUCCUGAGAUUUCAAGUGUUUAUUGGCCCGAACCAUGGCUUGUAAGCUGGGAACAAGGAAGGUCCAGAUACAACAGUAAGAGAAUUGCGAGGAUUGAUUCCUUUGGCAAUUUUAGUUCAAGUGAUAAUUUUACUAUUCGGUCUAUGGAUUAUGGUGCAAGCUGGAUCCAGAGAAGAUUGAUCAUCGAUUAUGAUGGUAACCUUCGAUUGUACAGCAGAGAAGAAACAAACGAAACAUGGAUUGUUUCAUGGCAAGCUAUAAGUCAGCCAUGCUCGAUUCAUGGCCUUUGUGGGGAAAAUAGUUUCUGUAGGUAUUCUCCGAGUACUGGGAGGAAAUGCUUUUGCCUUCAAGGAUUCAAGAUGAAGAAUCAAACUGAUUGGUUUUACGGUUGUGAACCAGAAAAUGAUUUUUCCCUCAAUGGUAGUGACUUGACUUUUAUCCAUGUUCGUAAUGCUGACUUUUAUGGUUAUGAUGAUUUUGGAGUUUUUUCCAAUAAUACCUUUAAGGAGUGUGAAACUGGAUGCCUGCAGAGGGCCCAAUGUAAAGGCUUUCUAUAUCGAUUAAUCGGUGAAGUUUUCUAUUGUCUCCCUAAGAAUCUAUUGCGAAACGGGUACCAAGCAUCUAGCUUCAAUGGAAACAUCUAUAUAAAACUGCCCAAAUCAUAUAUCUCCAACAAGAAAAAGGAGCUUUUGAAGGAAAUCAAUUUAGAUUGCCCCAAAAAUGGUACUAUUAAGCUGGAAAGAAGUUAUGCGAAAAGCCAAAAAAAUGUGAUAGUGAAGUUCAUGCUCUGUUUUGCAAGUGCAUUGGGAGGAGUUGAGAUUAUUUCCAUCUUUUUGAUUUGGUUGUUCUUAAAUAGAGCUAGGCAAGAGAAGAAUGUAGCUAAAGAAGGCUACCUCCAGACAGCAACUGGAUUCAAGAGAUUCACAUUUGAUGAGCUGAAAGAGGCAACACAAAACUUCAGUGAAGAAAUUGGAAGAGGAGGGGCAGGUGUUGUGUAUAAAGGCAUGCUACCUCAUGAUAGAGUUAUAGCAGUUAAGCGACUGAAUGAAGCAAAUAAAGGAGAAGCUGAGUUCCUAGCAGAAGUAAACACCAUUGGGAAACUUAACCACAUGAACUUGAUCCAAGUGUGGGGAUUUUGCGCAGAGAAAAAGCACAGGCUGCUGGUUUAUGAAUAUAUGGAGAAUGGAUCCUUAGCAGAAAAGCUCUCUUCCAAUGAACUUGACUGGCAAAAGAGGUACGAUAUCGCUUUGGGCACUGCAAAAGGCCUAGCUUACCUACAUGAUGAGUGCUUAGAAUGGGUCUUGCAUUGUGAUGUAAAGCCCCAAAACAUACUGCUGGACUCUGGCUACAAACCAAAGGUAUCUGAUUUCGGCCUAUCCAAACUACUUGACAGAGGUAAGCUCUACAAUUCUAGCUUUUCAAAGAUAAGGGGAACUAGAGGUUACAUGGCUCCAGAGUGGGUUUUCAAUCAGCCCAUUACGUCCAAAGUAGAUGUUUACAGCUAUGGUAUGGUUGUAUUGGAAAUAGUGACCGGAAAGAGCCCAACAGAAGGGAUUAAAUUCGUGGGUAGUGCUGAAGGGGAAGAGGAAUACGUGUCAGUAACUAGGGUCAAGGAAAAGGAGAAAGGAUCAAAUUCAAUUGAAUCAAGGAUUGCAGAAAUAGUAGACCCCUUGUUGGGAGGCAAUUAUGAUAAGCAAAAGAUGGAAAUUCUGGUUGCAGUGGCUCUUGAUUGCGUACAGGAAAACAGGAAUGCAAGGCCCACCAUGAGUCAAGUCGUUGAGUGGCUUCUUUUAUCUUCACACUGAAAAUGAAAACUAGCAGCACUUUGUAUGCAUCCAUGCAUUAAUUUGUUUAACUCCAUUAGCAGUAAUCCAAGAAUAAUUGAAGCUCGCCAAAAUUCUUUUCAGCAUUCUGGUUUGUGUUUUUUUUUUUUUCCUCAUAUUCUGCAUGUGUUAAAGUUCUUUCGUCAAAUGCUGGAAUUUAUUGCUAUUGUACUCUUUAUUUUUCUGGUUUUGCCUUUAUAUGUACAACCUGAAUAAAUUAUCGCUUUCGAUUUUCUUUACUUUUUUCAUGAUGGUUACUCGCUUGAUCCAAAUAAAUAUGUUGGGUUCUUUCUCUCCCAUUGUAGCUGAUCGUUGGGUCAAGACAAAGCACUAACGAAGCAAACUCAACAGCUUACAGGCUUCAGAAAAUGGGAAGUUUUAAUUUUCAAUGGUUUUGUCUUCAAUUUUCAGUCCUCUACAUCUAUGUCAUGAGGACGGCUAAUUUUUUCUUUUUGUUUUCUCCUAAAUAAAUUGUUUAUUUAUAUAAAAAUAGUUACUGUUGUUUUCUUAGAAAAUGACUGAAGGGGAGAUUGGUUGGCAUUAUUUGUUUCUCUGUUCCAUUUUAAAGUAGGACAAUAAUCAAGCUAAUUU